AUGCACACAACGCAGCCACUGCAGAUGCUAGGGAGGGCCGUUCGAAGAGGCGCGCUUCGAUCAGCAGUCCCCCGCUGUUCAAUAAUCCCCACUGCAUCGAGAGCGUUCUCAGCGCCGGCCCGAUCAGCAGUAGCUCCGCCGCGAGGAUGGACGCCCACGCCGUUUGUGACAGAGACUGUGGGCGGUGGCUGGCAUACAUAUGACAUCUUCUCGCGACUGCUGAAAGAGCGCAUCAUCUGCCUCAAUGGCGAAGUCGACGAAACCGCGUCGGCCUCUAUCGUUGCACAGCUCCUUUUCCUCGAAGCCGACAACCCUGAAAAGCCGAUUCAUCUCUACAUCAACUCGCCGGGCGGGUCCGUCACUGCGGGCCUGGCCAUUUACGAUACCAUGACUUAUAUCCAAUCGCCCGUGACUACGAUAUGUGUCGGGCAGGCAGCCAGUAUGGGCUCGCUGCUGCUGUGUGGCGGAGAGGCUGGGAAGCGGUAUUGCUUACCGCACUCGUCGAUCAUGAUCCAUCAGCCCUCAGGCGGGUACUUUGGGCAGGCGAGCGACAUUGCGAUUCACGCCAAGGAGAUUCUAAGGGUCCGAACCCAGUUGAAUAGGAUUUAUAAGAAACAUUUGACGGGCAAGACAGAGCUGUCGUUGGAUGAAAUCGAGAAGCUGAUGGAGAGAGACUAUUUCAUGGGAGCCCAGGAAGCACUGGACAUGGGGAUUGUGGAUGAGAUUCUCGAAAGGAGAGUCAAGCCGGAGGAGAACUCGCCUGCUCCAGCCUAA